GCUUCAGAAAGAGGACGAGGUUAGAUCCCUCACGUUGCUGAAAAGGAUUUAAAACCAGCCCUUGACAUAGCACCGUCAGCCACCGGGUGCAUUUGCUGCAAGUAUGAUUAAGAAAAUGCCAGCAUGCGAAAGUGACUUCGAUAUACCAGCUAAGAACUGCCACAGGAUGGUGAUUCUGGGCUCCACCAAAGUUGGGAAGACAGCCAUCAUCUCUCGGUUUCUGAACGAGAGGUUUGACGACCAGUACACGCCCACUAUUGAGGACUUCCACAGGAAAUUCUACAGCAUCAGGGGGGACGUUUACCAGUUGGACAUUCUGGACACAUCUGGGAAUCAUCCCUUCCCUGCGAUGAGGAGGCUUUCAAUUCUUACUGGUGAUGUCUUCAUCUUGGUAUUCAGUCUAGAUAACAGAGACUCCUUCCAAGAGGUGCAGCGUCUCAAGCGCCAGAUAUAUGAGACCAAGUCCUGCCUGCGAAACAAAACCAAGGAAAACGUGGAAGUCCCGCUUGUCAUCUGCGGCAACAAGUGUGACCGGGACUUUUACCGCGAGGUUCAGGAGGACGAGAUCGGGCAGCUGGUUGGUGGAGACGAGCAUUGCGCUUACUUCGAGAUCUCGGCAAAGAAAAACACUAACGUAGACCAAAUGUUUCAGACUCUCUUUACCAUGGCCAAGCUGCCAAACGAAAUGAGCCCCGACCGGCACUGCAAAGUUUCCUUGCAGUAUUGCGAUGUCCUGCACAGAAAGUCCUUCAGGAGCAAGAAGUGCAAAGAUGGGAACGCAUAUGGGAUUGUGGCACAAUUUGCACGAAGACCAAGCGUUCACAGUGACUUGAUGUACAUAAAGGAGAAAGCUGUAGGGGGCAGCCAGGCCAAAGAGAAAGGCUGCAUCAUAUGCUAAAACUUUCUUUGCCAUUGUGCAAGAGACAUUUUGUGAGGCUUUCCAGAACUGUGAUGGCAGCCAGCUUGCCAACAGAGAAUAUUAGCCAACAAUAAACUGUGGACUUGAGCACCCCAGGGUAUACUGAAACAUCAUGAUCCAAACUGAGCUGAAAGGUGGGUGAAGUAGCUCAGCUCUUAGGCCCAGGCUAUCCCUGAGUAGUGCAGUAGAUGCUCUGAAAAUAAAUGCUGUCAGUCUGUCUCUUCAUUAGCUUUGUGAGAGCAGCACUUAAGAAAAAACAUGUUUACAUUUUAUUUUUUCAGACAUGGUGGAAUUGGAAUGUUUGUUGCAUUAUGAACAAAUUCUAAAUGUGUAUUUAUUAUGUCUAUGUCAAUUUUUGCAUAACAAAGAAAAUAAAACCACUUGUUACUUUUUAUA